AAUAAUACCACAUGGUUCGAAUAGUUAUCCGUCUGUAGUAGGCAUUCACCCGAAGAUGGAUGUCAGUGUAUCGGUGUCGUUGAUGAGAGAUCAGUUGGGUACCGUGAUCGAGCAGGCGGUUGCUGCAGCCGUCGACACGGUGCUAAGAGAGAUGGCCAAAGUUGUGGGAAGCAAACUCGAGGAGUUCAGCAAGGAAAUAACUGCGAAAGAAAAGGAGAACGAGAGCAUGAAGCAAAUGCUGGAAGUAUCGCGGUGCCAGAUGAAAACGCUGCGAAAGUACUUGAGUGCGGUGGUCGCGAAGGACGAGCGACAUGUCUUUGCGAAUCAGAGGAAGCUGGGCAGGCAGAGCGAGCCGAAUAGGACUUUCUGUCUGUCUGUGGGAGAGUUGCAACAUUCCCCGGAUUUAAAGCGGAGAGGGAAAGUGGGUGACGGCAACUUUAUCCUCAAUGGGAAAUCUCAGACACUUUUGAUAGAGAACCGAAGUGCCUAUACGUCUGAAUGCUUGUCCAGAGCCGUAACAUCAUGGGAUGGAUCAGCUACAAGCGCACACGACUUAGACCAGGAACCUGUCGACAGAGAGAGUAAAGACUCGUUUGUCCCUUGCCACAGCAUCGACAGGGAAGGACAUGUGACACGUAUCAAAGAGGAGCACAGAGACCCCGCAGAGGGGCAUGACGGGUACCACAGGAGGGAGACGGGGCCUGAGCCUGACUGGGGCACAAAACAGCGGACCCCGUCACGGGGGGAGCACACAGAGACCCCCAUCUCUGACCCCGCCAUCAAGACAGAUGUCACUGCAAAUAGAAGUGCCUUGGUCGCGGGGGGCUCACCCUUGCGGCUGAAGGAGGAGGAGGAGGGGGAGAUCGAAGUGAUCUGCAUUAAGGAGGAGCCUGCAGAGGUGGAGGCGCACUCUCUGAGCCCCCAGCACCCCGAUCCGUGGGGUGGCGCAAAUCAAGCUGGACCCACAGGCACCACAUGCCCAGAGGAACCAGCAGAGAUGUCCAUCGCUGCCUCACCCUCCUCCACAUUCCUGGACGUGCAGAGGCCGCUGCGGGGGGCGCAGAGGCAGGCCCGGUGGCGGCAGCGUCUGCGGGAAGUGGGCGUGGCCGAGGAGCACGGGCAGCGCAGGGCGGAGCUGAAGCGCAGCAGCCAGCACCGGCGGCGUGAGCGGGAGAAGAGCCUGCCGCAGCCGCUGCAGGCCGCGCUGGAGAGGGAGCGCCGGGAGAAGACCCGCAUCCGCGUGGCGCGCUGGCGGGCCAAGCGCAAGCUGCAGGCGGGGCUGCUGGCGGCGCAGCCCGCGGGCCCGGGGCUCCGGCCCGCUGCCGCCGCGCUCCGCUGCCGCCCGCCGUACGGCGCCGCCCCGCAGUUCAGCGGCCUCCUGUACGCCGGCCCGCGCUGCGACGGCGCCGCCCCGUUCCUGCAGCUGGGCUCCAGCCCUCUGCUGCCGGGCCUGAGGCAGGACGGAACGGACACGCUCCUGCAGCCGGGAGUGACAUCAUCCACGCAGCAGGGUAUUCUGGGAGCAGACUCCGAGCUCUUCCAAUAG